UUGUGUCUUAUACCUGCCUAAUCGUGGUUGGCUGCCGUCCCGCGCCCGCGCCCGCGCCCGCACGGCGUUCCGUAGGGCUACUUUUUAUAUUUGCCCCCAACACAAAACUUUUCUGCCUGAUGGAACUCAACUAACACCAUGCUCACCUUCAAGGAUACGCAGCUGGCCCUCAUCCACAUCCCGCUGCACCUCUAUUCCAACUUUCUCCAGACCAUCCUUCAGCUCUUGCUUCCCAAUGAGUCCCGCCAUGGUAGCGCUGUCGCCAACGGUAACGCCAACGGCAACGGCGUCGUGCAACCACCGAAAGGCUGGCCGUACGAACACCCAUUCGUGAACAUCUCAAUCACCGCGAUAGAGUGUUCUGUGGUAUGUUCCCGCGCUCUUGCCAAUGAGCUCUUCGUUCCAGCCCUGAAUAUGCUCGACCCUGUCUCGAAAGCCCAAUGCGCCAUUACUGCCGAGGACUACGUAGUAAUGCAAAUUGAUGGCGAGGGUCUCGAUGCAGGUCAGCGCGUCCUAGAACUAACGAGCCCGCUCGCUCUAGCUGGCAUCUCGAUUUUCUUCAUCACAACAUACUUCUCCGACUACAUUCUCGUGCCCCAGCGGUAUAGGGUGCAAGUCGUGCACGCCCUCGAAGAGCGAGGCUUUCAAUUUGAGGACCAGACAUCAUCCUACGUCAAUCCGAGCGCCCACAGUCGCAACCAUUCGUCGACAUCAUCCUUCGAAGUCCAGCCUCCGGGCACGCCUCCUCCGGCGACGAUAUCGGAGCUGCAGACACGCACAUUCGCCACCCUGAAACGUCGGAACAUCUUUCCUACGGUGGACUCCGGUCUGCGCCUUGUCCAGUGCGCCGGCCGCAGGGACAGCGCGAAUGGGAUGAGCCAGAGCCGAAAUCGUAACAGCAUGACGAGCGCUGCGGACGACGCACUGCAUCUCGGUCUCGUCAAGUGCCUCAUCUCACCGCCGUAUCCUCGGUUCCUGUCGCUGACACUGACGGAUACCGAGCCAGCCUCGCUCCUUCUCGACCACACGCUCCUUCCCAACUUCACUCAAGAUAUCCUUCUCGGAUCCAAAGAUGACUUCCUGAUUCCCAUCACGCUCGAUCUGCGCGAACUGCCUAUGGAAAGCACCGGUAUCGUGUGUGGCGUAGCCGGACGUCUCGUGGGAGGCACCGCCGGUCAGCUCGAAAGUCCAGUCGAGAUGAGCUACCUCAGCACGGCUCGUGCAGGAACCGUCAUGGUCGGUGAGGACGAGCUGAAUCGUGCUCUGGGCGCUUUGCGCGGCGCAGAAAAUGGCGUGUUAUCCACGCCGGACUAGCCCACAUCCGCAAUGCUGAGCGGGCGGAGUGGGAUGUAGCGAGCCUCACCCCGAACUACGAGGUCACCUGGACUGUCGCUUACGAACGCCUGUUCUGACCGAUCGGGGAAGGAGCUGAGGAGCAAACGAGAGGGGUUGCAGGGAGCCUGGUCAGACUCGACGGCUUUCCAACGGCGGCGAUCAUUCG